AUGAAGAUCUCCGCAAAUUUCAUUUGCGCUGCCUUUGCUGCUGGUCUGGUUCCAAAAACUAUGGGAUCAGCUCUGCCUCUGCCAAAGAGCAUCCCGUGGGAAACUACGACGCAUAACAUACUUCUCUCUGAAAUUGGCCCGUUCAAUCUGACACCCCAAUCGGGCGCCUCAAACCCUUCCUCCGGUGCUUUAGACAAGCGGAGCGGCUACUCUGCUCGCGUCUGUAAAGACAUAAGUGCUCAAUUUACACCUCAAACAGGCGGCGUUUGGCACUUCAGGGAAGCCAGAUGUGACCGGAGUGGAACAGAUAUCAAUACCUUCCGAGUCGAAUGCUUUGGCGGAAGAAACUGGAUCGAACACCUCCCCCAACGAAAGGGGCAAUGUGGCCCUCGAGAGUGGUGUGUCGACUAUCAUGGUCGCAACGCCAAAGGAGAUCAGGCGAACGAUGUCUUUUGUGUCAACCGAAAAGACAUUCAUACCUGGGUGGCCAACACCCAAACAAGACAAGAGGACGUCGUUACUUGUAGUGCUGGAUGGACAAAUGACUACAAACAGACAGCCUACGCAUCUCUUGAGGUUGAUGUAAUGGAUUCUGCCGGUAUUAACGCAAUCGCGCCUCGAAGCAUUUUUUACAAACUAAACCAAAAACUCAUUGGUAUCUCGCGUGGCAAUGACCCUUUUGUUGGUUCUGGAACGAUUGCUAUGCCACCGGGCUCAACGAUACAGGCUUGUGUUACUGCGUAUGCUGCACAAUCGCAGAUUCUUAACAUACUUGGCGCUAUGGUUGCGUUCUCUCUCGUGAAAACAUAA